AUGGUUUGUGCCAACAGACUAUUCCCAGCGAUCCCGGUAUCCGCUGCAUUGAGGCCCCAAGUCGAUCUCAAUCCCAAAACAUCUGUCAUCUCCAGCGCAUCCAAUUUUUCCUCUUCAGUUAAACUGCUCUACAAACCUGCCUGGGUCUUCCAACCUGAAUGGCGAAGUCAGCGUCAAUCCCGAGCUCUCAAAUCACCGGCACCCGCGUCCAAAGUCAAUGUGAACGCACAAAGCAAGCGAAGUUCCGGUGUAGACAGUAAAACAUUUGACUGCGAUCAUUAUUCGGUACAAAUCUUACCUCAACUCAAUUUACGAAGACCGUGUUUUCUGGGCACCGUACCCACUCGGAUUACAGUUGAUGAAGGAGACAGAAUACUGUUGCAGUGUAUAGUGUACAAUGUUAAUUUUUCCACUGUAGUGAUAUCUUGGUGGAAAGAAGGAUGGUUUCGAGAACUUUCCCUUGGUUUAGAGACAUACAAUGAGAGAUAUCGUUUGCCGAGAGUUUCCUAUCAAGACUGGACUUUACAGAUAAACAAUGCUCAACCGGACGAUUCUGGUGUAUACGUGUGUCAGAUCAAUUUGGAGCAAAUUGUUGAGAAAUUUUUUGAAGUUCAAGUUAGAGAAAUGCGCAUAGAGGGUCAGAAUGAAGGAUAUGUCGGAACGACUCUUCGGUUGUUCUGCAUUGUACAAAGUGUGCCGGGGUCAACCACUACUGCAUUGAUCUGGUCCCAUGGCAGUGGUUCACAACGAUAUUUUCUCAGCCCGACGGCAAGCAGUCGAACCGAUAUGGAAUAUUUGCUUCGAUCAUUUGUGGACACAGACAUAUCGGAAAUGCGAGGCUCCGGCCAGAUUGAUAUUCGUAUUGCAGAUGAAGAAAACAUUAAAAUCACGACGGCCAAACAGGGAAACCAUACGAUUCGCAGCGAAUUGGUUUUCGCACAGCUCACGUUAGACCACGCUGGGGUUUGGCGUUGUUCAAAACUCACCUAUCCAAUUGGACCAAUUACGGAAGAAGCAAAGAUGAUGGUCUAUGUACGAGAAUAUCCGUUUUUGAAUGACUUGAUUGAAGUGAGACAUUUCAUGCAACGAACUGGAUAA